AUGUGUGACGUCAUAUUCCAGGGACGCGGCCGUGUGAGGACAUGACUUGUUGAGUAACCGGUGUGGAUUUAAACGUCUCAUUAAUAAACACCGUCACCAUGUUGGCCUGUAAACGGAGCCUGAGCGGGACCGUGACCUCUGCUCUCCGAGCUCUUCGCACUAAUCCGGUCGCUGCCUGCAGCCCGGUGCACAGACCUCUGUCCACACAGACUGACGGAGAGAUCCGCAUCGCCAACAUCCUCAAGGAGAAGUUUCCGUCCGCGUCGUCGCUUAAAGUCGUGGAUAUUUCAGGUGGAUGUGGGGCCAUGUAUGAGAUCCAUAUAGAGUCCAGUGAGUUCAAAGGAAAAAGGACGGUGCAACAACACCAGUUAGUGAAUCAGGCGCUGAAGGAUGAGAUUCAAGGAAUGCACGGACUGCGAAUAUUCACUGACGUUCCAAAGCAUUAGAGCAGAUCCCUCCACCCACAGCUGUCUCCUCUUCACCCUGUCUGCCAUGAAUGUACAGCUUUAAGGAGGAUCGUGUGAUAAGUGUUGAUGUACCUGAGGGACCGUGAGAAAUGUAUAAAGUUGUUUUUUUUAUUUAGUGAUUCAUCUUCUCCUCUGAGAUAAUAUAUACAACCAGUGAACGCUGUGAUACGCACAAAACAACAUGGUGAAAUGCUAAUAAAACGUCGAGUCAUGUCGGUGUCCUCACGGCUGAGAUGAUGCUGGUGAGAUGAGAAGCAGCCCGAGAGGUAACAAAUAGUUUUACAGACUCUGGUUUAAAACUGAUGGAGAGUUCAGUUUGUGGAGCGUUGGUCCUUCACACUGUGAUCAGUGAGUGUGUUAUUUAAAUGAGCUUCUCUCCAUUGGAUACUUGGACCUUGUAUUUAUACUAUGCUGUGAUGAUCAAGUUGCAAUAAAAAGCCUCUGACUCCA